GGAAGUGCCUCGACCGAUGCUGCUAUCUUCCCUCCGCCGUCUCUUCUCGCGGUAACGUUAGUACACUGUUAGCUUGCUAGCUAACCCCAUCGUUUCCAGGUUUCGUGUCGACCUGAAAAAACGCAAACGAAGAGAGGCACAGAAAGGCUACGCAGCCGAAUACUUUCUAAACCCAGGCUGCACUGAGGAGCGGGACAAUGCCACACAACUUCCAGCCCGGAGACCUGGUCUUCGCUAAAAUGAAGGGGUACCCCCACUGGCCAGCCAGGAUUGAAGAUGUGGCUGAUGGGGCAGUGAAACCACCUCCUAAUAAAAUCCCAAUUUUCUUCUUUGGGACACAUGAAACAGCAUUCCUUGCAGCAAAGGACCUGUUUGCCUAUGAAAAGUACAGCGAACGCUAUGGAAAGCCCAACAAAAGAAAGGGAUUCAAUGAAGGUUUAUGGGAGAUCCAGAACAAUCCACAUGCCUCCUACAGCGCCCCACCUGUACCGGCCAGCUCAUCUGACAGCGAGGCCAACAAUGCUGGAGGAGGAAGUGAUGAGGAUGAGGAUGAAGAGGAAGCCCCAGUGCCUCAGAAAGUAGAAUCGGCCAGCGAAGUUGACUCCGAUUCUGGGAGUGAAGACCAAGGGAAGGGCGAGGGAGUGAAGCGAAAGCCACCUCCUGCGAAGCGGCCUCCCCCUGCAAAAAAGCCUCGCGGCUCAUCCAGUGACCGAAAUGAAGAGAGUGGCUCCCCCUCUGAAUCAGAACCCACGCCCUCAGAAUCUGACUCUGGCAAGAACAGUGACCAGGAUUUUACUCCAGAGAAGAAAACUGGUGGACGGGUUGGAAAGAAAGCAGGAGGCAGAGGGAAGAAAAAGAAGGCUUCGUCUGGCUCAGAUUCAAACUCGGGAUCAGGGUCAGAGAAGAAAGCAGCGGACAGCGACUCAGAGGACGAGAAGCCGCGACCGGCUCUGUCUGGCUCUGAAUCCCACUCUGGCUCAAAGUCUGAAUCCGAGUCAGAUCCACCUCCCCGGAAGGCCCCACAGGCACGCAAGAAAGAGAAGCCAGCACCAAAGCCUCGUGCACGGAAACCCAAACCCGCUCCGGCAAAACGAGCAGCCUCAUCCUCCGACGACAGCGACAGUGACAGUGACACCGACCGCAUCAGUGAAUGGAAGAAACGAGACGAGGAGCGCAGACGAGAGCUGGAGGAGCGCCGGAAAAAGGAGGAGGCAGAGGAGCUCCGCAAGCUUCGGGAGAGAGAGAAGGAGGAAGAGGAGCAAAAGAAAAAAGACAAAGAUAAGGGUAAAAAAAAGAGCGACAGUGACAACAGCAGUAGCUCCGAUGAGGGUGUAGAUGAACACCCAUUGAAGAAGUCCAAGAAACCCCCUCCAGCCCCAAUCCCUGCACCUUCGGACUCUGAUUCUCCAGCGCCAACUGAGGCGAAGAAGUCAUCCAAGAAGCCUGACAUCCAGAAGAAGGUGAGAAUAAAGAAAGAGAAGGAGCGAAAAAAUCGGAAGGAGAAAGAGCUAAAAGAUAAAAAAGCCAGGCGGUCAGAAGAGAAGUCUCGAGCGAGGUCUAAGCCUGAAAAACCCAAACGCAAACCAGAGAGGCCGCCAGAGAAGAAAGUGGAAAAGAAAAGGGAGCCAUUGCCAGAAGAAAAGCUACAGAAACUCCACACUGAUAUAAAGUUUGCACUCAAAGUGGACAACCCAGACAUAGACCGGUGUCUACAAGCCCUGGAUGAACUGGCAGCUGUGCCCGUCACCAGCCAGAUCCUCCACAAGAACGCUGAAGUUAUAGCCACUCUAAAAAAGAUUCGGCGGUAUAAAGCCAGCAAUGCAGUCAUGGAGAAAGCUAGUGAGGUCUACAACAAGUUAAAACUUCGCUUUAUGGGAAAGCCGGAGGUGGCAGCUAAACCUCAAACGGAGGACAAGGAAGCAGAAGAUGAUGAGGAUGAUGAUGAGAAGGAGACGACAAACACGGACUCCACUCCGGUGAAUGGGGAAUCAGAACCGAAAAAAGAUGAUAUGGAGCUCGAAGAAAAUCCCAAAUCCCCUGCCCAUGAGGAGAAUAAUGAUGAUACUGCUUCAAGUCCAAACAGACAAAGCCCAGACAGCCCUGCUGAACCAAAUCUUCACAUCGAUGAAGAAGCGGACAACUCCAUCUCUGCAGAGACAGAACCACCCGCUGUAGAAAGCUGAAAGACCCUGAACCACCACUGCAGUGGAACAAGUGCUAAAGAUGGUGGCCUCUUAAUUUGACGUCAUACAGUGCUCCUGGCCCAACAACAUCACAAACACACACAAACACACACACAAACAAACAGACACACACACACACAGCAUUUCCUACAGUAUCUGUUACGUCAAUGUUGAUGUUUUGGAUAUUUUGUACCAUAAUGACAUCAAACCAGAAGGCUCUGUUGCGCAAACUGUUUGGUCCAUUAUCUAUCAUGGCAAAAGGAAAGCUUAGUAGUGUGGUAGUUUGUGGCGCUGAGCAAACUCUUUUUAUUUCUGAAAAUUUACUUUUUCUUUUAUACAACACUCGGCCCGUCCUGGAUCUUCACCCUGUACUCCUACUUCUGGUGACCUUGUUCUUUCUACCACAUGAACUCCUAUUUUGAUCUUUUACACUGUAUGCAUAUGGAAUGAUUACAUUUAAAGCACUUCUGACCGGAAUCUAGGCUGGAGGAUAGUAUGGGAGGAAACUUCAAUCAUUUUCGUGGGAAAAUGGAGCCAUGCCAUUAGUUUUUUCGCUUGGAAGAUUUUGUGCAGCCCUGACAUCCGUUGGCUUCAUUUUUUUAUAAAGUCUACAAAAUAUCACAAAGGCCUCUUGUCUGUGUGUAUGACAUUGUGUGAGUGGUAAAGUACUAUUUGUGAGUCUUUUAUGUUAAGUAUAUAUAUUUUCUAAUUAUCUGGUCUUGAUCCAGUUAAUCCAGUCUGAAAUGUAAAGCCAUUUACUGAGUCACUUAAAACUGUUUUACAAUUGAGGUCCACCUAUGUUUUUUAUAGCAUUGUUUGCAAACAGUUUUGUCUAAAAUAAUAAUUGCUGUGGAGUUAAACACCUCGCACUCUCGUCUCCCCAUCCUGUCUGCUUUCAGUAACUUGCUUAAUAAAUGGAAUAACUGUACAGAUUGAAAACUGCCCUUAAAAGCUAUUGAGAUCUCUUGUAGCUGCAGCCUAUUUUGACAUUUUCCUGUCAUAAGCAUACAACAGGUGUUUUUAGUGCUAUGUAAAUUGUUAAAGCAUUUCUAUGACUUAGUUGAGACUUGAAUAAAAAUCUCAGCAUGG